AUGGAGGUGGCGGUAGACAACGCCAGCGAGGGCAAUGCCAGCCGGCCGGAGGCUGGCGGGCCGGAGCCACGGCCGCUGCUGGGCAUUGGCGUGGAUAACCUGGCUACACUGGUGGCGUUCAGCGUCAUUUUCGCUCUGGGCGUGCUGGGCAACAGCCUGGUGAUCACCGUCCUGGCGCGCAACAGACGGGGCAAGCCGCGCAGUACCACCAACCUCUUCAUCCUCAACCUGAGCAUCGCAGACCUGGCCUACCUGCUUGUCUGCGUCCCCGUACAGGCCACCCUGUACACGUUGCCCACCUGGGUGCUGGGCGCCUUCAUCUGCAAGUUCUCGCACUACUUCUUCACCGUUUCCAUGCUGGUCAGCAUCUUCACCCUCGCUGCGAUGUCCGUGGACCGCUACGUGGCCAUCGUGCACUCCCGGCGCUCCUCCGCGCUGCGGGUGCCCCGCAACGCGCUGCUGAGCAUAGCUGUCAUCUGGGCGCUGUCCAUCGCCAUGGCCUCGCCGGUGGCCUACCACCAGCGCCUCUUCCACCGCAACAAUGAGACCUUCUGCUGGGACUUGUGGCCCAACCCACGCCACAAAAAGGCCUAUGUGUUGUGCACCUUCGUCUUCGGGUACCUGCUGCCCCUGCUGUUCAUCUGCUUCUGCUAUGCCAAGGUGCUUAAGCAUUUGCACAAAAAGCUGAAGAACAUGUCCAAGAAGUCCGAAGCAUCCAAGAAGAAGACCACACAGACAGUGCUGGUGGUGGUCGUGGUCUUUGGGAUCUCCUGGCUGCCGCACCACGUCAUCCACCUCUGGGUUGAGUUUGGAGACUUUCCCCUGACCCCUGCCUCCUUCCUCUUCAGAAUCAUGGCGCACUGCCUGGUCUACAGCAACUCCUCCGUGAACCCCAUCAUCUAUGCCUUCCUCUCGGAGAACUUCAGAAAGGCCUACAAGCAAGUGUUCAAGUGCCCCCCACGCACCUCACCGUCCCCUCUCCACGACACGAAAGAGACCAAGAGCCGCCUGGACACCCCGCCAUCCACCAACUGCACCCACGUGUGAAAGCACAGCGCAUGUGUCCCUGACAGGGAAUGCCCAUUUAUGUGAACUGUGUGCAUACCAAAAGUACAAUGAGGUAUUAAGCAAGGCUACAACUUCGUAUUCUAACAGUGAUUCCUGUUAUUUUCCCGUAAUUCCACUCGUGUUAAAAAUCCCACUUAAGGAAUUCCUGCAGCGUCUCUUGCUGUGAGCUGGAAUUGACCCGAUGGCAGUGGGUAGUGGAGGGGAGUCUAUUGAAGGUUAUUUGUAAGGGAAAUUGACUUCUCCAAAUUUCUUUUCAAAACUGUUCUGUGGAGACAAAUAAAUAAAAUGCUACUUAGCGUUUUACCUUG